CUCUCCCUAACCCACCUUCGGAUGACCCUUCCUCACCUUCCCUCGUAACUCGCCUGUCAGCAUUCCGCCCCGCCUUUCUCUCCCCUCCACCCUCGUAUGCACUCACAUUUGGACUCCGAUGCUUCACUUUUCAUUUAUUCUCCCCCCCCCACCAGGCCCUCCUCCCUGGACCUGCGCCUGUCCCGCUGCUGCCUGCUGCUGCGCUCCUGCCUGGGUCGGCCGCUGCUGCAGAUGGAGGCGAGGGAGGUGCGGGUGGGGCUGUGCAACACGUCCCCCACGCUGUCCCGCGCCUUCGCCUUCCUCACCCUCUCCGCCUGCACCCACUCGCCCUCGCUUCGCUGCUGGGAGCCGCUGCUGGCGCCCUGGCAGCUGCUGGCGCACUGGGAUAGGAACACCAGCGGAGGGGGAGGGGGAGGAGGAGGAGGAGGAGGCGGGGGGAGCAGUGGGGGCGUGCAGCCGGGCAGUUGGAUCAAGCUGACGUCGACACAGGGUAUCGUGUCCCUGGCCGCCUCCACCACCCCGCUUCGGGCGCUGCUGGAGGGACUGCCCGAAUGGACCCAACUGGGGGCACCCGAGGGACUGGCGGCGGUACGACGGCAGCUGGCGUACGGCGACAUGGGAGGAGGGGGAGGGGGAGCAGCAGGUGGGGGUUUCGGAGCCUCCUCCUCCUCCUCCUCCUCCUCCUCCCUGCAGCCCCCCGCGCUGGUGACCAACGCGCUGGGGGUGCGGGCGGAGAUGCUGACGGAGCUGGGGGACAGACAGGUGGUGGUAGAGCUCCCCCCGGGUGCGGAGGACGUCCCCGUGCUCCUCCAACCGCCCCAACCGCCAACCACCACAACCGACCCAAGCAGCGGCAGCAUCAGCGAGGGUCCUUCCUCCCCCGCGCCCCCCGCAGUUCCCUGCAUCCGAAUGUUCGUAGAUGCCGUACAAGCCGGGGGUCUGCCGUACAAGCUACUCCGGGAGGGGGGGCUGCUGGUGCGGGUGCGGGUGAACGGUCCGGCAGCUGAGCUUAUGCCG